AUGUCGAAUGGAGAACUCACCAACAUUCUCGUCUCGACCGAUGUUACCAGAUACCUCGAGUUCAAGCAGAUCGCUGGCAGUUAUGUCCAGACCGGCGCCGGAAGCAAGGCCAACGUCGCAAAGGUUCCCUCGGAUGCCUCGGAGGCUCUCCGCAGUNNCCCUCUGAUGGGUCUGUUUGAGAAGAGAAGAGCAAAGAAGUUCCUGGAGUUCGUUGGCGCAUACAAAGAGNNGGAGGAUCCUGCCACUCACAAUGGUGCGUCGCAACAUGUCUGA